AUGGCGGAGGCAGAAGGGGCGGCCACGGCCCCAUGCUCAGCUCCGAGGCCGGCUUUCCGGAGCCACGGCGCUAUGUCAGGCUCCUUGGAGAGGGACCAGCAGGUUGAGGCGGCGCAGCGGGCCCUGGUGGAGGUGCUGGGGCCUUACGAGCCGCUGCUGAGCCGGGUGCAGGCAGCCCUUGUGUGGGAGAGGCCAGCCAGGAGCGCCCUGUGGUGCCUGGGGCUGAACGCGGCGUUCUGGUUCUUUGCACUGACAUCCCUUCGUUUUGUAUUUUUGCUUGCAUUCAGCUCAAUGAUCAUAGUGUGUAUAGAUCAAUGGAAGAACAAAAUCUGGCCUGAAAUAAAAGUGUCAAGACCCGACGCAUUAGACAAUGAGAGCUGGGGCUUUGUGCACCCUCGGUUGCUCAGCGUGCCUGAGCUCUGUCACCACGUAGCCGAAUUCUGGGUCAGUGGGACCGUUUUCAUAAGGAAUCUUUUGCUUUUCAAAAAGCAAAACCCAGGCAAGUUCUGCUUGCUGAGCUGUGGGAUUCUGACCUUCUUGGCUGUCUUGGGCCGCUGCGUCCCAGGGCUCCUGCUGUCCUAUUUAAUGCUUGUCAUGAUGAUGAUGUGGCCCCUUGCCAUGUACCACCGACUGUGGGAUCGGGCCUGUGUACGGCUGAAGCCAGCUCUGCAGCGGCUGGACUUCAGUGUCCGCGGCUACAUGAUGUCCAAGCAGAGAGAGAGACAACUGCGCCGCCGAGCUCUGCACCCGGACCGCGCCCUGGACCGGAGUGACAGUGAGGAAGAGCUUGCUGCCUUCUGUCCUCAGCUGGAUGAUUCUAUUGUUGCCAGGGAACUGGCCAUCACAGACUCGGAGCACUCGGAUGCUGAGGUCUCCUACACAGACAAUGGCACGUUCAAUCUCUCACGGGGCCAAACACCUCUAACAGAAGGCUCUGAAGACCUAGAUGGUCACAGUGAUCCAGAGGAAUCCUUUGCCAGAGACCUUCCAGACUUCCCUUCCAUUGUGGAUCCUGCUGGCCUGGAUGAUGAGGACGAUACCAGCAUUGGAAUGCCCAGCUUGGUGUACCAUUCCCCACCGGGGGCUGAGCCCCAGACCUCCCCAGCCAGCCGUGACGAGAGUACACUGCCGGAGCUCCUGCUUGGUGCCCUGCCCGCAGGAUCCAACCUCACCAGCAACUUUGCCAGCCUGGUCUCCCAGGGCAUGAUCCAGCUGGCCCUGUCAGGAGCCUCCCAGCCUGGCCCUUCUGGCCAACCUCCCCGGAGAGCAACCAGAGGCAUCCUCCGGGCCCCCAGCUCAGACCUGGACACUGAUGCUGAGGGGGAUGACUUUGAACUUCUGGACCAAUCAGAGCUGAGUCAGCUGGACCCUGCCAAUUCCAGAAGCCACUGA